UGCCUCUACCCCGGCCCCGCGGGCCGCUCCCGGGCUCGCUCUGCUCCGCCUGCUGGGGGAGGCUCUCUCCUUCUCACGCUGCUCCCAGGCACGUUUCCGGCUCGCUGGGCCCCGCUCGCCGGCAGCCGGCCCGGGCGGGGAGCGGAGGGGGCGGGACGGAGCCGCUUCUCCUGCCGGGUGAGGGUGGCCGCUCAGGGUCGCUGCCUCGGUGCAGCGCGGCGGCUGCCUGCGAGAGCCCGGCUCGGGAGGCGGCGGCGGCGGCAGGUUCAAUAUGCUAUUAAAUGCUGACCAAGUAAACCUAACUGGACAAGUGUUUGAAUCCUAUGUUUUGGAACAUCACAGGAAUGACAUCUUGCGUAUCUUAAGGGAAAGAGAUGAUGAGGGACAUUACCCAGUCGUUGUUGAUGCCCUCACCCUUUUUGAGACCAACAUGGAGAUUGGAGAAUAUUUCAAUGCAUUUCCAAAUGAAGUGCUCCCUAUUUUUGAUAAUGCAUUGCGCAGGGCAGCCAUGACAGCUCUGCAGUCUGCUUCCCAGGCUCAUGAUUUUAGCAUUAAGCAGAAUCUUCAUGCCAGAAUAUCAGGUUUGCCUGUUUGCCCUGAGCUAACCAGAGAACGUAUCCCUAAAACCAGAGAUGUGGGUCACUUUUUGUCCAUUACUGGAACUGUUAUUCGUACCAGUCUAGUGAAAGUCCUGGAGUUUGAACGGGAUUACAUGUGUAACAAGUGCAAGCAUGUUUUUGUGGUCAAAGCAGAUUUUGAGCAGUACUAUGCUUUCUUCCGUCCAUCAACUUGCCCUAAUGGAGAAGGCUGCAAUUCAUCUAAAUUCACUUGUCUCUCAGGAACAUCCUCUGUUCCCACCAGCUGCAGAGACUAUCAAGAAAUCAAAAUUCAGGAACAGAUUCAAAGGCUAUCUGUCGGAAGCAUCCCUCGUUCUAUGGUGGUUGUCCUGGAAGAUGACUUAGUGGACAGUUGCAAGUCAGGUGAUGACAUCACGGUGUAUGGCGUGGUAAUGCAGAGAUGGAAACCCUUCCACCAGGAUGUGCGCUGUGACGUAGAGAUUGUUUUGAAAGCCAAUUACAUUCAAGUGAACAAUGAACAACUGACAGGGGUUAUAGUUGAUGAGGAGGUUCAGAAGGAAUUUGAAGACUUCUGGGAAAAACAUAAGCGUGAUCCCUUAGCAGGGAGGAAUGAAAUUUUGGCUAGCUUGUGUCCCCAGGUUUUUGGAUUAUAUCUGGUGAAGUUGGCUGUAGCCAUGGUGCUUGCUGGGGGUGUCCAAAGGGCUGAUGCUGCAGGAACUCGAGUGAGAGGUGAAUCACAUCUUUUGUUGGUUGGAGAUCCUGGCACAGGGAAAUCUCAAUUUCUCAAAUAUGCAGUAAAGAUUACACCACGAUCUGUGCUUACUGCAGGAAUUGGAUCUACAAGUGCAGGCUGAGAGUCAGUUCCCUGCUGUGAGGCACUGCCUUGUGCUGCUGAAGCCUUAUCUCGACUCUGGCCCAUAAAGAAACAUCUGAAGAGCAAGUUUUUUCUCCGUUAGUAUGGCCCAGAUGGCAUCAAAUGCCAGGGGUUGUUAAGAACUCUUCCUGAGGGACAGUACAAAGCCUUAGGUCCUUCUUCCACCCUUGCAAAUUACUCAGUUUGAACAAAGUGCUGUACUAUCAAUAUAUGCAGGAAUCCAUAUAUACCUCAGGAGUAAAGUAAAGUACAUCAGUGAGGCUCUUAAAAAGAAAUGAAACCCCCAUGCCCCCCAAAUUCCACUGCAGGUACAUCACUUUUCCAACUUUAAACUCUUAUGGUAACGCCUGUUACCAUAAGAGAUAAUGAGGCUCACAUCUGGCUAGCUGUGCAAAUUACUUCUACAUUCACUUCAAAACCGCUUUACACUGCCAGUGUGGUGUCAAGGCACUUUAGUGUAAUUGAGAAUAAGACUCUUUUAACUGCUGAAUGAAUAGAAUUACUGAAUGAAGUUCCUUCAGUCUUGCUUUGGAUCUUAGAAGCAAUUUAUUAAAAGAAAUAUUAUCCUAAAAGCAAUUUAUUAAAAAAAACCACAUUUAUUGAGCUGUCCAAGUGUAACUUCCAAAUGGAAUGUAUGAGGUAAAACUUCCUUUUGCUUUUGAAAUUUUAUGUUCAAAUAGCUGGAAUUUGUCAGGAAAAAGAUCACCUUUGUAAUAAGAUCAAGCACUAAAAAUGCUGUUCCUAAAAGACAUGUUUGAGAGACAUGCUCUGUUAAACUGAGAGAGUAUAAAACUGAAAUUGGUACUUUCCUUAACCAUAAUAUAUAAUAUGAUAAUUAAGCAAUGUGCAGCCAGUAUUUUAAAAAUGGGUCUCCUCAAAAAAACUUGCCCUCUUUGCCUUGGGUAAACCCUGGGUAUUAAAGAGAAAUGGGGGUAAAAUGGGGAUUCUGUUAAUUUACAAACAGUACAGAUGCUUUCCAAAAGGCAAAGAGAAGGUAGUGGAAGAGUGCUUCCUGAAUCAGAAAGAGGUGCUAAGCAAAAUACGGAUAGAUGUUUGCUAAGUGACUCCUUGGAGAAGGGGCCCCCCCUAUGCUUUUCUGGUGGCAUAUCUAUUAAGAUAUUUAGUGGGCUAACAAUGACGUGAAGUCAAGCAUGUGCUUGAGACCUUGAUCUUUAGCGUUCAGUUUGACUGGCUGAGGACUUGGAAUGAGUACUCUUUUUUUGGCCACAGUGUUUUCUUUUUUUAAGUGCAUUGUUUUUAGACUGUUUAUACUUUUCUCCCUAAAACAUUGACUUUAUGAACUAAUUUUUUAUGCAGCAAUUCAAAUAGAUGCUCAGAAUGGUAAUGUUUUGAGAGUUGUUAAAUCAGGUUGCUUUCCUUGUUAAUUAUUUUACAUGUAUUAUCCAGUUCCUGUUUUGUGUGAAGAAAUAAUUUCUAAUUUGCAGGUUUUUUUCCAAGGUAGAAAGACCCAAUCCAGGAAUCCUAUAUUAAAAAGUAGUUGGUCACAAUAUAAAAAAUGUGAGUCUCAAUAAAAAUAUAUAAAUUGCUGACUGUUCAUUGUAGGAUUGAGAAAUACUGCAGGGCAGUUACAUGGGUACCUAAGGGUUUUCUAUAUGGUUACCACCCAUUAUUGUAGUAGUCAAGAGCUGCCCAAGAAAAUGGUGAGCUUGCUGCUGGAGCAGUCAGUCUUCAGCUCUUUUCCGCUCUCUGGCAGAGGAGGAUAUCCAUGCAUUUUGUUUGUUUGUUUGUGGUCUCUUCUUCCACCUUUAAUCUGGUGAUUGUGAAAAAGCAUUGUCAUAGAGGAGGUUUUGAAGUAUGUCCUGAAAGUGAUCAGACUCUGAAUCGGUCUGACUUCUUCUGGAAACUCGUUCAACAGCUGUUGCCCCAUGUGUCAGAAUGAUAUGUCCCCAGACUCUCUCAUGCUUUAUGGGGUUUUUGAGUGUGUUGUCUCAUGCAAGAGAGUUGUUUGAGUGGGUCAUGAAUGCAGAUGUGGUAGCUAAUGUAGCUGGUCUUGAUCUAUUGAUGACCUUGAAGAUCAGGAUUAUCAAUGGAAGUGGACUGGGUUGGAUCACAGCAGCCUAUCACAAUGGGGGCGUGAAUAACCAUAUUAUGUAUGAUUUGGGGUCUCUACCUUCCUGCUAUCUUCAGACCCAGAUCCAAUGAGUUGCAGUAAUUCAGUUUGGAGAUGAUAAAUGUAUGGCUCACUGUGACCAUGUCCUUGCCUAGGAGAGAGGGACAAAGCGUCCUAGCAAACUGGAAGGUGAAAGAGGACAUUUUACUACAAGGUAAUGCUACCUUGUCUGCUAGGACAACUCCUCUUCAUACAAGAAUCUCUAUCAGGGAUAUGACACCCUUGCGAUGGGGAUUUGCUUCAUCUGGAAAAGUAAAUGCACAGCAAGGUGUCAUCAGUUUAUUUUUGAUAUAGGUCCUGUGUAGAUAUUGAGAAGGGAGGGGAACAUAGAAUUCAUCCCUCUGGGAAUCCACAGAUGAGGGCUAGUGGUGGGAAGAGUAGCUCAUCCCCUUAUCACUCUUUUGGUCCUGAAAUUGUAGUGCUGCAUUGUCUACUCAAGCUAUGUCAUGUACAGGCAGUCCUCAGACUUACGACCACAACUGGUUCCUGAAAAUUGCGUCAUAAGUCAAAAUGUCGUAACUUGGAACUGCAAUCCACUCCAUUGCGCGACCAAGCGUCGUAAAGUCUAAACCAAUUGUCGUAAGUCGAAUCAGGGUGUCAAUUCAGAAAUGUUGUAAGUCAAACAUCGUAAAGUCGAGGACUGCCUGUAUCAGGUUAGCUGUAAUGAAAGUUUCAGAGAGGUCAGGUAGUAUGAGCAUGGAGAGAGAGAGCCUCAAUUCAUUGCCAUAUUGUUUAGUGCCACUAGGGCUGUCUCUGCACUGUGCCUUGGCCUGAAAAUCAGUUGUGAAGAAUCCAUGAUGUUGGCAGGUGCUACGUGAUGUUGGAGUUUGGGUUCUAAAUGAUUUUGCCUAGAAGCGUGAGGUUGGAGGGGUGACCUGUGUCACGUGUUUGUAUCUGGAUGAUCAGGCACUCUAUUGCAUUGUUCAGGAAGAAAGGAAAAGUUAUUUCUCUGAAGGAGACUUUGAGAAGCUGUUAAUAGUGGACAUAAUUUCUCUUCUCUGGCUUUCACCGUACAUGAAUUUGUUUUGCAAAUGGUAUUCCACUAUUCGUAAUGGAUACUAGUAUGUGAUGGGGCCAGAUUCUGUCAGGGCAGCGGGGUGAUUAAUGCCAUCCAGUCCAUCUUCAAGUGUACAGCCUCAGUGAGUUCCUCCUAAAUACAGUUGAUCUUUUCUGCAAAUUAGGAUAGGAGCUUUUCAGAGCACUCAGUGCUUGGGUCUAGUCUCUGGAUCAGGGGUCCCCAGUGGGGUGCCCAUGGGCACCAUGGUGCUCACCGGGGCAUUUUUAUGCGCCCGCAGGACACCCCGCCGCCGAAAUGCUGCCGAGAAGCAUUGCCGGUUUUCAGCGCCGACGCUUCUUCCCGCUGCCACUUUUCGGCACUCGCCACAGUCUUCUGGGAAUAGCAGUAGCAAGAAAGUUUGGGGACCACUGCUCUGGAUGCUGCAGUCUGGGAUGAUUAGCUUGGUGGAAUAGUUCUGUUGCCACUGUAUUGUAGUUGUGAUGGUGGUAGACCCAAUUAUUUAGUUUGUGAAAAGGGAAAAAAUACCAUUAGGCAUUGAACUCUUACAGUCUUUCAGUGCGAAUGGGGCACCUAAUUGUCUGUUGUACCUUUGAAAAAUCUACGACUGUAUUUAUUUGAAACGCUGAAGGGUUUUUGUUGUUGGUGUGUGUACACUGAGGAAAUAUUCACAAAUUUUGAAUCAGUUUAUUCAUUCAAUGCACUUUCUGCCCUAGGUGGAAAUUUGAUCAAAAGUGUUUAUUUAAAAAUGAAGACAAUCUCACAAAUGCCCUGAAAUAAUAGAAAUUCUUACUAGUUAGGGCACAUGCAUCCUUACUAAGCAAUAUUGGAGGAUAAGAGAAAACGCUCCCUAUUUUCUUUUAAGUGAUCAAUCAUCAUGGGGUUUACCUUCCUUGAAGAGAAAUAAGUCUUGGAACGUAACAGGUUCACAGUGUCAAUGGUUCUUGUCAGGCUGAUUACAAAUGUUAUAUCAGCUAUAGGUGUGCAUAAUCUAUUCACCUUUUUGCCUUGACUCACAUAAUAAGAUUAAUGAGAGGAUUUGGAAGAACAGCUAAAUCGUUAGUCUUAUAAUUAUUAAAUAUCUCAAAUCUGUGCAAUUACUGCUUGGUCUUUAGCUUCAAGAUCUUCAGGUCAGGUAUUGUAUGUGCACAGUGGUAUCAUAGUGGAGCCUGAAUCUUAAUUUGUACCUUUGGGUACUACUACAAUACAAAGACAACAAAAUUGUGUAUUGAAAUGUCUUAAACCCAAGAUGUUUUAUGAAGCUAAGGUAGGAUGAAGCACUUGAACCUCUUAUUAACUAUCUAAACAGACUACAUGAAUAAAGAGGCUUUUAAAAAAGUGAAUGUACCAGGCUGUGAUUGUACAUAUAAUCCCACAGAGAGCAAUUUUUUUUCUUACUAAGUAUUCAUGCUAUAUCUUUUGAAGUUUAAAUUUUGUAAUUGCGUGAAACCUUUCAACCAAUUGUGCAAGCCAUUAACAUAGUUGAAAGAGAGUUCUUCGCUGCGCCCACCUACUCCAAAUGAAACAUUGUUCUUAACAGACUAUAUAACACGACUUAAUAGCAGCAGGAGAAGAUUUUAAAAAAAUCAAGUCCUAAAAUCCCAGAUAGCAGAUGGCAGAUCUCAAAUUGCAUGCUCUAAGUAACAAGUAUGUGCCUUGAAAGGCAUAGACGUUUGCACCUAAAAUUAUACUGUGCUGUUUUCACAGUAGAGAACAUUUUAGGAUUAUUUUUUAGAGAUAAAAUGCAAAGAAAGGGGGGGAAAAAGUUAUCAAAAAAGACAGCUUUGUUCCUAACCUAUUAUUAAAGGUCAAU